ACUGCCACCGGGGGCCUGAAGCCGGACAGCCUGGAGCAGGCUGGCCAAGGAGGACGCUCAAGGCAGCCACCAUGAGAUUCUGGGCCACCUGCCCUUCCUCCUUCACCAUCUCCUUCCUCUUCAUCAUCCUCGUGGUGUCCACCAUUUUCCACUGCCACCAGCGCCUGGCUCUGGUGCCCACGCCCUGGGCCUCUCCGGGCCACGUGGUCCUGGCCCCCAGGGCCCUGCCCCAGGGGGGCGUGUUCACCAUCAACGCCCAGGGCCGCCUGGGGAACCAGAUGGGUGAGUACGCCACCCUGUACGCCCUGGCCAAGAUGAACGGCCGGCCGGCCUUCAUCCCCGCGCAGAUGCACAACACACUUGCGCCCAUCUUCAGAAUCACCCUCCCGGUCCUGCACGACACCGCGGCCAGCAGGGUCCCCUGGCGGAACUACCACCUGAACGACUGGAUGGAGGAGCGGCACCGCCACAUCCCCUGGGAGUACGUGCGCCUCACCGGCUACCCCUGCUCCUGGACCUUCUACCACCACCUGCGCGCCGAGAUCCUCCGGGAAUUCACCCUGCACGACCACGUGCGCGAGGAGGCCCAGAGUUACUGCGGGGGCCUGCAGGUGAAUGGGAGCCGGCCGAGCACCUUCGUGGGGGUCCACGUGCGCCGGGGGGACUACGUCCACGUCAUGCCGCAGGUGUGGAAGGGCGUGGUGGCCGACCGGCGGUACCUAGAGCAGGCGCUGGACUGGUUCCGGGCCCGCUACCGCGCCCCCAUCUUCGUGGUCACCAGCGACGGCAUGGCCUGGUGCCGGCAGAACAUCGACAGCUCCCUCGGGGACGUGGCAUUCGCGGGCAGCGGUCGCCAGGGCUCCCCGGGCAAGGACUUCGCACUGCUCAUGCAGUGCAACCACACCAUCAUGACCAUCGGGACCUUUGGGGUCUGGGCCGCCUACCUCGCCGGGGGGGACGUGGUCUACCUGGCCAACUUCACCCUGCCGGGUUCCCCCUUCCGUGCCGUCUUCAAGCCGCAGGCGGCUUUCCUGCCCGAGUGGGUGGGCAUCGCCGCCGACCUCAGGCAGGCCGGGAAAAGCCGCCUGUACCCCCGCACAUGUCCCCACCUUGGGGGCCAGGCCAUGUGUGGGGCUCAGCACUGGGCCUCAGGGGUGGGCACCCAAGUUUGAAUCCAGGCUGCUCUGCUUCCCAGCUGGGCGAGCUGGGACGAAUGCCUUAACUGCUCUGUGCCUGAAAAAACGAAUGUAAUCCAGAACUUAGCUGGGCAGCCUCGUGUGAGAACACAGCCAGUUCCUUCAGAGCCUGGGCAACCCAGUGAGUGCUGGCCGCUGCCCGUAGG